AUGGGCUGUCAAGUGUCAACCGAUGGCAGCCAAUUCGAGAGAUCAGACUAUGAUAAACUAUGGAAACGAAUGAAUUCUCUAUCGGAACCGAGUGGAAAAGGAGCACAGAGAAAGAAGAAAAAGCAGAGCAGUGGAUGGAAAAUUUGGAGAAUUCUUGUAGUUUCCACGUAUAAGGAUUUUAGAAACGAGAGACGGGCGGUGUUGGAUUUGAUUGAGAACAAGUUACAACCAAUUGCAAGUGAGAAACAAGUGAUACUUCAAGUAGAAGAUUUCAGUUGGGGAUCAAAGGCACAUAUUGAAGACGCUUCUUGCUUGUAUCUAAUCGAACAAUUAUGUCGAGAAGCUUCUUCAUCGUCGUCUUCUUUUUCAUUCUAUUUGCACUUCCUUGGAGAAUGCGCUGGAUACAUAAUCGACCACACUUUCACCGAUGAAUCGUUCCUUCGUCAGCAUGGAAUCUCGAAAGAACAGUCUUAUUCUGAAGUUUUUCUUCAGCUAGCUGGCCUUCAGAAUCCAAACGCACUUUUCCUCUACCGAAACCCAAGUUUCCAUCAAGAACUUCCAUUCAAUGUGACCAAUUUCAUUGACUCUCCAGUCAACAGAGAACGAGCAAAGUAUCUGACAACAAUGGUUAAAGGAGAAGUGAAUUCAUCCAAAUUUAUCGAGUACUCUGUGAGAACUUCUGGAAUUAAUAACACCCAUUUCAAACAUAUUUUGUUUGAUGAUUUGAGUGGAGCGAUCAAUCCAAUUGAGAAUUCAAUUAUGAAAUGUUUGGAUGAUUCACCUGAUUCUGAAUCCACAUCCAUUCCAACAGCUGAUGAUUUUCUGAAAGAAUUCUAUUCGGAAGUCAAAGUUGACCAGUCAAUUUUGGCUAAAGUUGAAGCAAAUCUGAGAUCCAAAAAAUCCAUAUUGUUGGUUGGAGAGUAUUGCACUGGAAAGACUUCGAUUCUCCAUCGGAUUCAAAAGAAAUUCGGAGAAUCUGUGUUGGUGCAAGCGACAGAAAAAAUGAGUUUAGUGGAGUUGAGAAGGGCGAUCGAUUCAAAAUCAAAAGUAAUAUUACAUGAUAUAGAUUAUAAACUGGUUAGGUAUUUGUUGGUGGAUGAUGUUCAUUUGGCAUCAAAAGAAGCCCAACAGUAUCUGGCUGGAAACGAAGAACUGGUUAUACUUGCAACAAGUAGAAAAAAGAAAAUUGAUGUCGAAAUGGAUCGUUUGAUUAUUCCACAUCCGGACCCUGAAGAAAUUCUAGAGAAUUUAUCGUUUUGGUUGAAUGGAGGAGUAAAAGAAAAAAGUGGUGUUCCUUCAGUAAAGGCAUCGAAUAUUCUGAAAAUGUCACAACAAAAACGGAGAAGGAGUUUGGGAAAUUUAGAAGAUGGGCACCAACCAGAUGAAAAUAUCGGUUGGAAUGGUUUGAAGUGCCGAGUGAUUGGAACACUUGGAAGGAUUGGAAGUUCUGAUGAAAAGUGUGCACAACUUGCACAAUUAUCCACGCUGAGAUGGUUCCAGCCAGAUCAAAACUAG